AUAUUAAUUUACUUACCAUAAGUAUAUUGCAGUUGUUAAAAUAUUAAACUAUAUAUACAAACGCGUGUGAAGUAUUGGCGGCAUUAAAAAUACUCCAAAUAGUAAAUUGUAAACUAAAUGCAAAUAUAAGUAUGUGUCUCUCAAGAAAAGCAUUUUUCUUUCAAGGAUACGGAAACAAAAAUAAACAAUUCAUUUAUCGGAAAUUAUAAUUGGCAACAUUAAUGUUAAAGACAGUCUAUUGAAAACUUAAAAAAAAAGUAAUAUAGUGCGUUUGAUUAUACAAUGUCUUCAAGUAUAUUUCCGGUCAACAUAUACGAGUACAUAUGUAUGUAUAAGAAUAGAAAUUCGGAAGUAUGUGAAAAAAUGCAGUCAUUUUCAUGUAAUAUGAAAAUAAAUAAAAAUAUGUGCGUAAAAUAAAUUUUGGAAGAUUUAAGAAGCAAUUAUCCCUCAUAGGGAACUAACAACAACUACAGGAAAAUUGUUAUCUUCACGAAAUAAAUCACAAACAAAAUGAAAUUUUCAUUGUUUAUUGCUGUCAUUUUAUGUUUUGCCGGAGUUAUUGCUGCACAAACAUACACAAAUCGAUUUGAUACAGUUGAUGUUGAUGCAAUUUUAAGUAAUCAAAGAAUUUUAAAUAAUUAUAUCAAAUGCAUUUUGGAAAAGGGUCCAUGUACAGCUGAAGGAAGAGAAUUGAAAAAACUUUUACCAGAUGCUUUAGCAACUGAUUGUUCAAAAUGUACACAAACUCAGCGUAGCAAUUCCGAUAAAGUCAUAUCACAUUUAAAAGCACAAAAACCAAAUGAGUUUAAACAGAUAUUGAAAAAAUAUGAUCCAGAAGGUAGAUCACAACUUUCAAGAAGUUUAAAUAAAUAAAGAGAAGUUGAGCUUGAAUAUUUUUUACAAUACUUUUGAUUGUGUCAUACUUUGAAUUUUUUAUACCUUUUUUUUUUAUUUUGUUUUGUAAAUAAAUAAAAAAAAUAAAUAAUUUUUUUUUUUGUUAA